AUGUGGUACUUGGAGCUGCUGCGAGAAAAAGAAGAUUUUCAUUUGGGAAAGUCCGAAUGGAGGAAAAAGAUAGAGGUAAAGGUUCUUGCUUUGAAACAAAUGACUUCACGACGGAUUCAAGCCGGGCAGGGUGGAUAUAAGGGAUUGAGAAAAAGAUAUGCUUGUGAAAGUUUGCAAUGGAAUCAUCCAGAAACAAUGGUUAGGAACGAAACUGCUGAAGGCUCUUUGGCUUUACUGAAAGUGUGGGAAAAGCUUUGUGUUUCAUUUUCAUUGUCAAAAUUCAAAGAUUCGGGAAACCAAUCAUGCCAUUAUUUUUCCAUUGAAGAUGACGAGAGUCACGAGACUGAUGAAGCUGACACUGAAGAUGGUGAUACUGAUGGUGAAGCAUUUGAAGUUGAAACAAAGGGGAACGUGGAUUGUUAUUGGUCCUGUAAAGAGUGUGGUGAGAUUUUCUUGUUUAUAUAUGUUCGUUGGAAGAACUAUGGGCCAGAAGAAGAUACGUGGGAGCCACUAGAGGGAUUGGGUGAUUGUCGAAAAUGCUUGAAGGACUUUGUGACGCGAUGUUUUAAUGCAAAAAUUCUGCCAUUAUCUAUAAUUGAUGUUGAUGUGACUAGUGGAGGACUCCCAUCCCAAGGUAUCAGUGGGUUCAAUAGGUUUAGAAACAAGGAUAAUCCUUUGGAAGAUGAAAAGAACAAACAUCUUUUGUUUUUCAUGGAGAUAGUGGAGUACUUGAAGCCGAACUUCGUUUUGAUGGAGAAUGUUGUUGACAUUGUAAAGUUUUCUGAGGGAUUUCUUGGGCGGUACGCUUUGAGUCAACUAAUCCAUUUAAACUACCAAGUUCGAAUGGGUAUGGUGGUAGCUGGUGCUUAUUGUCUUCCCCAAUUUCGUAUGCGUGUUUUCUUCUGGGGUGCUUGUCCUACUGAAAAAUUGCCGCAAUAUCCGCUUCCUACACAAGACGUUGUAGGAAGGGGAGUAAUUCCCCUUGAGUUUGAUAUGAAGACUGUGGCCUGGGAUGAAGGGAAACAGGUUGAGUUGGGGAAAAAAAACCCUCUCCUAGAAGAUGCAAUUUCUUACCUUCCUGCAGUUGGAAAUUAUGAGAAACAAGAUGAAAUGGAAUAUGGCAAGGAUCCUCGAACAGAAUUUCAGCUAUUCAUUAGUUUAACAAGGGGUGAAACCAGGAUGAAACUGCUAGCUGGAGAUGCCAGGUUCUUGGUCAAAGGCAAAGCCAGGAAAAACAUUUGCUCUACGAUCAUCGGCCACUUCAACUCAAUACAGAUGACUACCAGCGAGUUCGCCAAAUUCCCAAGAGAAAGGUACACCUUUUCAUCUCAAUCUAAUUUGCCAAAUUCCCAAGAAAGUGGUGUAUAA